UGCGUGGAGACGGGGCGGAGCCUGGGGCGGGGCCGGCGGGCGGUGGGUGGGCGGGGCCUGGCGCGUGGGUGGGGCUUUGCGUGGGGUGGGGCCCGAGGGCGGGGCUGCCAGCCGGGUCCGGUACGCCCGGGUGGUUGGUCCUCGCGGUAGCGUCUCCCAUCCCGGUCCCCUCUACCCUGGAGUGUUUUCAGCCGUCCCUUCCCUCCGCCUGGGGUCCCGCGCUCUCUCCAGAACGCCGGCCGUUCUCUACUGCAGAUGUUUACCAAGACAGGCCGGUCGUCCUCCCCGAGGGCAAGGCCCUGCUUUCAAGGGUCAGAGGCCAGUGAGAGAAACGCGGGGUACACAGGGAAGUAAAGCAACGGCCGAGAUCGUGUCAGAUGUGAGCGAGUGCGGCCCUGUAGACGAGGCCGGGUCGUGGAAUAAAGACUGCCACCAGGGCCGGGCCGGUGGCUCACGCCUGUAAUCCCAGCACUUUGGGAGGCCAAGGCGGGUGGAUCACCUCAGGUCGGGAGUUCGAGAGCAGCCUGGCCAACAUGGUGAAACCCCCGUCUCUACUAAAAAUACAAAAAUUAGCUGGGCGUGGUGACGCAGGCCUGUAGUCCCAGCUACUCGGGAGGCUGAGGCAGGAGAAUUGCUUGAACCAAAGAGGUAGAGGUUGCAGUGAGCCGAGAUCGUGUCAUUGCACUCCAGCCUGGACGACAAGAGCAAGACUUCGUCUCAAAAAAAACUGACCACGGGGUAACCGCUAGAGGCAUGGGGCUCUGUAAGUUAACACCAUCUCAAGGGCCACGCACUACCUGUGGCUGUGGCCGGACACUGAACAUUCCAACAUGCAGCGCCUGCUGUCAACCACACUGGAGUAUGGGUGGGCCUUGCCUUUGGGGAGGGGGCGCCAUUUCAGGAGCGGGAGAUGUGGGGAAAGCUGGGAACCACUUAUCCGUUUGACAAGCAUCGAUUAAAUGCCCGCUUGGUGCAGCAAGCCCUGUGAGCAACAGAGGAUGCCAAGUUCCUGCUCACGUAUCGGGGACACAUCAAUUAAUUACAUACGCAAUAUGCCAGAUGACAGGUCCCGAGCAGAAAAACUGGCAGAGUCUGGGCCCGCUGGCAAUUCCUACACUGGGAAGCUAAGGUGGGAGAAUCGCUUGAGCACAGAAGUUCAAGACUGGGCAAAAUAGUGAAACCCUGUCUCUACACACAUUUAAAAAUCAGCCAGGGAUAGUGUCAUGUGCCUGUGGUCCCAGCUACUCGGGAGGCUGAGGUAGGAGGAUGAUUUGCGUGCAGGGGGUUAAGGCUGCAGCGAGCCAUGUUCAUUACUGCUGCCCUAUAGUGUAAAUAACAGAGCGAGACACUGUCUCAAAAAUUCGGGGCGCGGGGGAGGAAAGAAAGGAGGCUGGGUGCGGUGGCUCAUGCCUGUCGUCGCAGCACUUUGGGAGGCCGAGGUGGGCAGAUCACCCGAGGUCAGGAGUUUGAGACCAGGCUGGUCAGCAUGGUGAAUCCCCAUCUCUACUAAAAAUACAAAAAAAAAAAAAAAAAAAAAAAGCUGGGCGUGCUGGCACACACCUCCAAUCCCAGCUACUCGUGAGGCCGAGGCUGGAGAAUUGCUUGAACCUGAGAGGCGAGAUGGCGCCAUUGCACUCUAGCCUGGGCAACAAGAGCGGAAUUCUGGCUCAAAAAAAUAAUAAACAAAAAUCAGUGAAAGACAUGGUCAGGAGAUCAAAACCAUCCUGGCCAACAUGGUGAAACCCCACCUCUACUAAAAAUAUACGGAAAUUAGCUGGGUGUGCUGGCGCACGCCUGUAGUCCCACAUACUUGGGAGGCUGAGGCAGGAGAAUCGCUUGAACCCAGGAAGCAGAGAUUGUAGUGAGCCGAGAUUGCGCCAUUGCACUCCAGCCUGGGCGACAAUGCGAGACUCCACCUCAAAAAAUAAAAAUAAGUGAAAGAAAGGAAGAGCCAGCAGGGUAAGAAAAUGCGAGCCAUGGCCGGGCACAGCAUCUCACUCCUGUAAUCCCAGCACUUUGGGAGGCCGAGGCAAGCGGGUCCCAAGGUCAGGAGAUUGAGACCAUCAUGGCCAACAUAGAGAAACCCCAUCUCUACUAAAAAUACAAAAAAGUAGCUGGGUGUCAUGGCGCACAGCUGUAGUCCCAGCUACUCGGGAGGCUGAGGCAGGAGAAUCACUUGGAUCUGGGAGGUGGAGGUUGCAGUGAGCCAAGAUUUCGCCACUGCACUCCAGCCUGGGCAACAGAGUGAGAAUCCAUCUCAAAAAAAAAUUAAAAGGAAAUGAGAGCUUUUUGUACUUAAAAAGCACAAAAAUUAGCCAGGCGUGGUGGUGCGCGCCUCUAGUCCCAGCUACUCGGGAGGCUGAGGUGGGAGAAUUACUUGAACCCAGGAGACAGAGGUUGCAGUGAGCCUGGGCAACAGAGCGAGACUCCAUCUCAAAAAAAAAGAAAGAGAGAGAGAGAAAGAAAGAAAAAAGGAAGGAAGGAAGGAAGGAAGGAAGGAAGGAAGGAAGGAAGGAAGGAAAGAAAGAAAGAAAACAGGCACCAGAGAGCAGUGGGUGUUAUCGUAAAUGAGGUGAGAGCUCUGAACAGGAGGCCCUAGAGCAGAGCCCAGCAUGUGGUGAUGCCCUGGGGGGAACGUCUCCCUGGCAGGAAGACCUGAGGCCACAACUGUGGCCAGGGAGGUGGAACUGAGGGAGGCUGGUUCUGACACUUGACAAGGGUAGCCGCAGUGCCACUGAUGUUUCCCUGGCCUGGCGCCCUCUGGGCUCACGGAGGGGCAGGGCCUGGAGGGAGAGAGGCCGUGGCCGGGCCACACAAGGCCCCAACGGGGACUGAAGAUGUUCCUCUCGUGGCAGGCAGCUCCUGGGGGCAGCAAAACUAAUGAAUGAAUGAAUGAAUGAAUUUAGGUGGUUUCCUGUCGCAUUUCCAUUGCCUUACCAAGAGAGAGAUGGAGCCUCCCAGGUCGCAGCCGUGCAUGGCCUGAGUGACAGAUGCCCAUGCAGACCUGGCUCUGUUGGCUCCCCGCACGGCCUGAGUGGCAGAUGCCCGUGCAGACCUGGCCCUGUCGGCUCCACGCACGGCCUGAGUGCCAGAUGCCCGUGCAGACCUGGCCCUGUCGGCUCCCCGCACGGCCUGAGUGGCAGAUGCCCGUGCAGACCUGGCCCUGUCGGCUCCCCGCACGGCCUGAGUGGCAGAUGCCCGUGCAGACCUGGCCCUGUCGGCUCCCCGCACGGGCUGAGUGGCAGAUGCCCGUGCAGACCUGGCUCUGUCGGCUCCCCGCGCGGCCUGAGUGGCAGAUGCCCGUGCAGACCUGGCUCUGUUGGCUCCCCAGCCCCAGUGCGUUCCCGUCCUGCUUCGACUUCUCGCGAGCACCAGUCCCUGUGCUCCUGGUGAAACCAUCACCUCCCGUCUGCUUUGGAGCCAACUGGACGAGGGCUUGCACCCAACUGAACGAUUCUCCAAAUAAACUGUUUGCAUCUGUUUGAAGAUUGUCUCCUUGGGAACCUGCGAUUCUCAGAGCCCACUGGCUUGAAGGCAGAUGCCUUUCAUGGAGGCGACAGGCAGAACCUGAUGUCCAGCCAGGGCCAGACAAGGAAAAACGCUCAGCAGGAGAGCUGGGAGGAGCGUGGGAUGAGACAGACACACGGAGCCACCUCCACCCUCUCCCGCGGCCAGGAGGGAGACUGUGGGGCCUCGCCGUCCCUCCGGAUGGGUUGCGUGUGGAGGAAGACCUUGUCCUUCUUCCUUGUUUUUGUGCCCAUAUACCUACAUGGGGCUUCGUUGCAGGAAGCUGCCCCAGCGGGGCCAAGGAAACCCUUUUUUGAGAGGCUCCGUAGACUGGAGGAGCAGUUCCGGAGACUCCAGGAAGUGACCCUGACGCACCUGCAGAGCGUCGCCAGCAACUACAACGUGUCCUACAACGUGGACGUCCGGUUCCGGAGCCUGGCGGAGGAGAGCCAGGCCGUGGCUCAGGCGGUCAACCGGUCGCAGGCCGCGGUGCAGGAGGAGCUGGCGCAGCUCAGGGCCUGGGUGAGGAAGGCAUGGCGCCGAGGCCGGAAGGUAGACACGAGGCUGCGGGCCCUGGGCGAGAGCAGCCGGCAGCAGGCCCGGGAGAGGAAGGAGCACAAGGCCCAGAGGGACGCCCUGCAGGACUCGCUGGCCCGCCUGGAGGGCCUUGUCCACAGCCAGGGCGCCAGGCUGGCAGCUCUGGAGGGGCGGCUGCCCGUGAUUCACCCCGGCACUGCAACCCUGGGACCGGCCCUGGUCCCAGCCCCAACCCAGCCUGAGCAGCUGAGCCUGAGCUCCCUGAAGCUUCAGAGGGACAGGCAGGAGCUCCCAGCCGCAUCUGAGCAGGACUCCUCUGCCCCUCUCCAGGGGACAGGGGAGCCCACAGCCCCAGGCAGCCAUCGGGCACUCAGCGGGGCUGCCACAGCUCUGAGAGGCCCCCCGCAGCAGGCACAGGCCCCCCAGGGACCAGGAGACACUUGCAGCGUGGGCCCCGCCCUGGCUUUCCCCAAUGCCUCCACGGAGAACGUGGUCUUCCUCAGACCCAGCUUCGUCUCUGCCCUGCGAGCCCUGUCCUUCUGCAGCUGGGUCCGCACCGCCUCCGGACACCUGGGCACCCUCCUGUCCUACGCCACCGAGGACAAUGACAACAAGCUGGUGCUGCACGGCCGAGACUCCAUGCUGCCUGGCUCCAUCCACUUCGUGAUCGGAGACCCGGCCUUCAGGGAGCUGCCCCUGCAGCCGCUGCUGGACGGCCGGUGGCACCACGUCUGUGUCAUCUGGACAUCCACCCAGGGCAGGUACUGGCUCCACGUGGAUCGCAGGCUGGUGGCCACUGGCUCCCGCUUCAGGGAGGGCUAUGAGAUCCCUCCCGGAGGGUCCCUCGUGCUGGGCCAGGAGCAAGACAGCGUUGGGGGAGGGUUUGAUAGCUCUGAGGCCUUCGUGGGGAGCAUGGCUGGCUUGGGCAUCUGGGAUCGGGCACUGGUUCCCGGGGAAGUGGCAAACCUUGCCACUGGGAAAGAGUUCCCGGCAGGUGCCAUCCUGACGCUGGCCAAUGCUGCAUCGGCAGGCGAAUUCAUGCAGAGGACCAGCUGCACCUGCCCGGAGCGCUGUCCGUGAGGCCACGCUGCACAGGGCUGUGGCCAGCAAUUGGAGCAUGCCCCUGUCCACGUUCCACCAGCCCCGCUCAGCACAUUCCUCAAAGGCCACCCAAACCCGUCCUGCUGUGCACACCUGCGCCCUCACAUAGCAGCGCCUCUUCCCUCCUGGGCGGUGGGGGGGAGGUGGACAGAGAAACAGCAAGCAGGGACAGAGAGAGCCUGGGGUCGGGGGGUCCACAAGGCCAUGUUCUUUCCAUCAGCACAGUGUUCUUUUCUUACCCCUCUGCACUUCCUUUCUUCCUUUCUUUCUUUCUUUUUCUUUUUCUUUUCUCUUUUUUUUUUUUUUUUGAGACAAAGUCUUCCCUGACUCCCAGGCUGGAGUGCAAUGGCGUGAUCUUGGCUCACUGCAACCUCUGCCUCCGGGAUUCAAACAAUUCUCCUGCCUCAGCCUCCCACGUAGCUGGGAUUACAGGCACAUGCCACCAUGCCCUGCUGAUUCUUGUAUUUUUAGUAAAGAUGGGGUUUCAGCAUGUUGGCCAGGCUGGUCUUGAACCCCUGACCUCAAGUGAUCCGCCUGCCUCAGCCUCCCAAAGUGCUGGGAUUACAGCAUGAGCCACCACACCCGGCCCCUUCAUUUCUCCCUUCCUUUCCUUUCCUCUCCUUCCUUCUUCUUCUUUCUCUCUUUCUCUCUCUUUCUUUCUGAUACGAUCUUACGCUGUCACCAGGCUAGAGUGCAGUGGCACAGUCAGAGUUCACUGCAGCCUCAACCUCCCUGGCUCAGCUGAUCCUCCCACAUCAGCCUCCUGAGUGGCUGGGACUAUGGGCACACACUCCCACACCUGGCUGAAAAAUUUUUCUUUUUCUUUUUUUUUUUAUUUCCCCGAGAUGGGGACUCAUUCUAUCUCCAGGCUGGAGUCCAGUGACACAAUCUCAGCUCACUGCAACCUCUACCUUUCAGGAUAAAGCGAUUUUCCUGCCUCGGCCUCCCGAGUAGCUGGGACUACAGGUGCACACCACCAUGCCCAGCUAAUUUUUGUAUAUUUUGUAGAGAUGGGGUUUUGCCAUGUUGGUCAGGCUGGUCUCCAACUCGUGACUUCAAGUGAUCCACCUGCCCUGGUCUCCCAAAGUGCUGGGAUUACAGGCGUGAGCCACUGUGCCCGGCCCAGGCAAGACUUUUUAAACAACUUUAUUGGCUUGGCAUGGAGGCUCGCGCCUGUAAUCCAAGCACUUUGAGAGGCUGAGGUGGGUGGAUUGCUUGAGUCCAGGAGUUUGAGACCAGUCUGGUGAACACGGUGAAACCCUGUCCCCACUAAAAACAAAAACAAAAAAUUAGCCAGGCAUGGUGGUGUGUCCCUGCAGUCGCGGCUUCUUGAGAGGCUGAGGUGGGAGAAUCGCUUGAGCCUGGGAGGCUGAGGCUACCGUGAGCUGAGAUUGCACCACUGCACUCCAGCCCGGGCAACCGGAGUGAGACCCUGCCUCAAAAAACAAAGCAUCCUGGGCACAGUGGCUCACGCUUAUAAUCCCAGCACUCUGGGAGGCCGAGGCUGGUGGAUCACCUGAGGUCAGGAGUUCGAGAUCAGCCUGGAUAACAUGGUGAAACCCAGUUUCUACUAAGAAUAAAAAAAAAAAAAAAAUUUAGCCAGGCAUGGUGCUGCGUGCCUAUAACCCCAGCCACUCGGGAGGCUGAGGCAGGAGAAUCGCCUGAACCCGGGAGGUGGAGGUUGCAGUGAGCUGAGAUCGCGCCACUGCACUCCAGCCUGGGCAACAAGAUCAAAACUCCUUCUCAGAAAAAAAGCAAAACAAAACCUUAUUGAGGAAAACUUACAUAUGAUAAAAUUCACCCGUUUUAAGCACAUAGUUCAAAGGUUUGCAGUGAGUUCAUCUAGUUGUGCAACCGUCAUCGCAACCGCGUUUUAGGACAUUUCUGUUCCCUUCCCAAAAACUUGUGUCUGUUGCAAUCACUCCUGCCCUUCCCCCCCCCCCCCCGACGCCCUCCCCAGCCUCUGGCGGCCACACAUCUGUUUUCUGCAUCCGUGGAUUUGCCGGUCUGGACGUUGCAUCUAAACCAAACAGUAAUCGUCCGUGUGUGUCUCGCUUCUUCCAAUUAGCACAAGGUUUUUGUGGGACGCAGAAAAGCUCCUUUUCAAAGUUUCGUUUCUUGUUAAAGGGUAAGUGUGCUGGUGGCUCUUUGUUCAACCCUGUCCUACGCAGCUGUUAGACACGCCAUGCUCACAGGCACGUAGGACGUCCUGUGUCCUUGUAUUUUAACCAGGACAUCUGUACUGGACGUGCUCACAGGCCUGUCCCAGCUCUCCACUGCUUUUAUCUGUUUAGAAAAGUGUUAAGUUGUUAGCCAAUUUCGAGUUUCAGUUUAGAUUGUGAGGUCUGGCUCCAGCCAACGGAGAUCAGACACAGCAGAAAGGACGACCCCAAAAGCACAAGGGAUAAAUGUGUCUGUUUUCUUUUGUUCACUGUACUCUCGUGGCAAGAUGGCCAGUGCGGGUCCCCUUCCUGCAGUCCAGGAAGUGAAACUGCGUUGCUGAAAGAUCGUCUGUCUCAGUGCUGGUUUUUCUUGAGGCACCGAGCAUCUGUUUCCCACGGUGUUCAAGCUUCGUCCCCGCUGAGGUGUGUGUCACUGUUUCACUUGCACUGGUGUCGGGCGUCACGUUGUACGAUGGACGCGUGUGGUUUAUCCACUCGCCCGCGGGCGGACAUCUGGGUGCUCGCAGUGGGGUUACUGUGGAUAAAGUUGCUCUGAGCACUCUCAUGAGAGUCUUUGUGUGGGCGUUUGUUUUCUCAGGUGGAUACCUAGGAGUAGAAUUGCUGGUCAUAUGGUAAAUUCAUGUCUAGGCUUUCAAAAAACACUGCCCACCUAUUUUCCAAAGUUGCUGUAUCUUUUUUUUUUUUUUUUUUUUUGAGAUGGAAUCUCACUCUGUUGUGAGGCUGGAGUGCAGUGGCACCAGCUCAGCUCACUGCAACCCCCACUUCAGGGGUUCAAGCAACUCUCCUGCCUCAGCCUCCUGAGUAGCUGGGACUACAGGCACGCACCACCUUGCCUGGAUAAUUUUUUGCAUUUUUUUUUUAGUAGAGAUGGGGUUUCACCAUAUUAGCCAAGAUGGUCUCAACCUUGUGACCUCGUGAUCCACCCACCUCGGCCUCCCAAAGUGCUGGGACUGCAGACGUGAGCCACCACGCCUGGCCUGCUGUAUCAUUUUUCAUUCCCACCAGCAAUCUAUGCAGGUUCCCGUGUCUCCACAUUCUUGUCCACAUUGGUUUUGUCUGUCUUUUGACAGAGUCUCACUCUUAUUGCCCAGGCUGGGGUGCAAUGGUGCAAUCUCGGCUCACUGCAACCUCCGCCUCCCGAGUUCAAGCAAUUCUCCUGCCUCGGCCUCCCAAGUAGCUGGGAUUCCAGGCGCGCAACACCAUGCCUGGCUGAUUUUUUGUAUUUUUAGUAGAGAUGGGGUUUUACCAGGUUGGCCAGGCUGGUUUUGAACUCCUGACCUCAGGUGAUCCACCAGCCUCAGCCUCCCAAAGUGCUGCGAUUACAAGCAUGAGCCACCAGGCCCAGCCUGUCUCCCUUUUGGAUGACUUUUGUAAAUUUUUUUUUCAAUUCUUUUCUCUGAGACGGAGUUUCGCUCUUGUUACCCAGGCUGGAGUGCAAUGGCGCGAUCUCGGCUCACCGCAACCUCCGCCUCCUGGGUUCAGGCAAUUCUCCUGCCUCAGCCUCCCAAGUAGCUGGGAUUACAGGCACACGCCACCAUGCCCAGCUAAUUUUUUGUAUUUUUAGUAGGGACGGGGUUUCACCAUGUUGACCAGGAUGGUCUCGAUCUGUUGACCUCAUGAUCCACCCGUCUCGGCCUCCCAAAGUGCUGGGAUUACAGGCACGAGCCACCAUGCCCAGCUAAUUUUUUUUUUUUUUUUUUGUAUUUUUAGUAGAGAUGGGGUUUCACUGUAGGGCACGUUGGGAGCCAGAUAUAGGGCUGAGGGCCCCACAAGGUUGUGGGGUGUCCCUUAUGCUGUGCUGAGGCGCAGGGUCCGAGAAAUAAAGAGACAGGACACAGAAGUACAAGGAAAAUGCAGCUGGGCUCGGGGGGCCACGCCACCUAUGAGCAGAGUCAGGCGAGGCCCCAAAUGUCCAGAAGCAUGAGUAUUUAUUGUGUAUAGGUUACUGGGCAGGGCAGUGAAUGAAGUCAUCUUUAAGGACAGUGAUAGGGUCGUGGGCAAUAAAACAUGGGGUCCGCCCUCAUUAGGUCACCGAGGCCAGGAGGUGGACAGUGCGCAGCAAGGGGCCCGUUCCCACGAAGACAAGGGCCGUGCGCAGUAAGGGGUCCACCCCCAUUAGGUCACCGAGGCUUGAAGGUGGGCCGUGCGCAGUGAAGAGGGUGCAGUGCGCAAUACCUCUAUCUAUGGGCAAACUACUCCUAAGUAGAUCUAUAGGAGGAUGCUUUAGGUCACACAGCAGUGACAGAGCUGUCAGGGUUACCGCCCCCUGCUGGCAGCUUCCAGUGGGUUCUAUGGGAAGAUGCUUUUCGAGCAGCACAGCAGCAAGAGCUGAUAAAGUUCACAGUCACAAGGUGGAUUGCCGGUCUGAGGGCAGCCUUCACCAAGAACUGGAGCAGGGUCCUACAGCUCCUUUGUCAGGAGGAGUGGCUCUCGCCCCAAGCCCGCCAUACAGCGGGUAUCUUUAUGAUUCUGAACGCUGCCGCCUGGGCCAUGGGUUCUUGUCCUGGUGUAACUGUUUUCCCUUAAAUCAUGCUCUGCACUGUGUCUGCUCCAGACAUUCCUCCGACUGUAAGUGGCUUAUUCCUUAAUCCGUGCUCUGUACCGUGUCCACUCUAGGCAUUCCUCUGAUUAUGAACUGAGAUAUAACUAUAUGUAGGGAAAUAUUCUUUAGGCACUCAAACCAUCAACUAUUAGAUGAUCACAUGUAGAGGAUUAUAUAAAGGGAUCCUUCAAGCCCUAACUCUAUAAACUAACAUAUGAUUGUAUAAAGGAUGUAAAAGGAAAUUGCUAGGUAGUAACACUAUAAAGUGAGCUAUUCCUCAA